GCAUUUCCUGCAUCAAGGCCAACAGAGGAGGAGGGAGAGAGAGAGAGGGAGAGAGAGAGUAGGAAAUCACCGCAGCCGCCAACAACAGUCUCAGCAGUUUGGCUCCGCGAGUUGCCAACAGCAGCCAGCAAACAAAAACAACAAAAAGAAAACAGGUAGUGGCGAUAAUCACAUUACUCUACGCCCCCCCCCCCUCACUCUGUGUAAUUAUAGUUGUGUAAAAACAAAAGCCCAGUUUGUUUGGACACAAAACAAAAAGUCGAUUUCCUGCAUGUAACCCCCUAAUGCAGAGUGUAGCUGUGUGUGGAUCUGAUCUCGGCAGCCGAAAGGGGGAAGAGAGGCUAUGCGGACCGCUAGAUGAGGAGCACAAGACCACUUAUUCAUUCCCUUUUUAUCUGGGCAAUUUUUCGGUGGUAAAAAAAGUUUGAGAGGAUUCUCUCUCCCUUUGCCCACUUACACCCCCACCUCCUCCCUCCCUCCUUCCCUCGUCCUCCCUGUUUUCCCUCCAAGGAUUUGAGCGAGGAGUUUGAGGGGCCGGGGUGGAUUUUUUUUCUUCUGUUGUUGUUGUUUGCUCUCCCGGGGUCAAGUUGUACCGCAGCUCCGGCGUCAGUGGAACCGGCCGCCGGAGGGUCGAGAGUCUCCCUCAAAUACGAGGAAUCGCUCUUUUCUCCCUCCCUCCCCGCGUCCUUCGCCGCCUUCCUGGGGAGAAGUAGCGGCGGAUCCAGGCGGGCGAGCGGCGGAUUCGGACGGCAGCGCCUGGCGGGCGGGCGGACUCACCUCCCCCACCCUCCUCAACCCCCCCCCCCCCCCACCCACCCCUCUCCGCAUAGCGGAGCGAUGGUCGUCUUCAACGGGCUGCUGAAGAUCAGGAUCAGCGAGGCUGUCGAUUUGAAGCCCACCCCGUGGUCGCUGAGACAUGCAGUGGGUUCCAGGCCCCAGACUUUCUUGCUCGACCCUUACAUCGCGGUCAACGUUGACGACUCGAGGAUCGGCCAAACGGCCACCAAGCAGAAAACUAACAGCCCCGCCUGGAACGACGACUUCGUUACCGACGUGUGCAACGGCAGGAAAAUUGAGCUGGCCGUCUUCCACGAUGCGCCCAUCGGUUACGACGAUUUUGUGGCCAACUGUACCAUUCAGUUCGAGGAUCUAUUGCAGAAUGGCAGCAGGCACUUCGAAGACUGGAUAGACCUGGAGCCAGAAGGCAGAGUGUAUGUUGUCAUAGAUCUCUCAGGAUCAUCAAGUGAAGGCACUGGUUUCCUUUCGGAAAUGGGCAUGCUGGGAACUGCUCCUCUAUCUGGUCUCCAAAUAUCAGCACCAAAGGAGAAUGAAGAACGUGUGUUCAGAGAACGAAUGCGGCCCAGGAAGAGACAAGGAGCUGUACGGCGGAGGGUCCAUCAAGUCAAUGGACACAAGUUUAUGGCCACCUAUCUUAGACAGCCAACAUAUUGUUCACAUUGCCGUGACUUUAUUUGGGGAGUAAUAGGUAAACAAGGAUACCAGUGCCAGGUUUGUACUUGUGUGGUGCAUAAGCGAUGUCACGAACUUAUCAUUACUAAGUGUGCUGGCUUGAAGAAGCAAGAAACACAGGAUGAGGUCGGCUCUCAGCGCUUCAGUGUCAACAUGCCUCAUAAGUUCAGCAUUCACAACUUCAAAGUACCCACAUUCUGUGAUCACUGUGGCUCUUUGCUUUGGGGUUUCAUGAAACAAGGAUUACAGUGCAAAGUGUGCAAGAUGAAUGUCCACAGACGCUGCGAGUCCAACGUGGCACCGAACUGUGGAGUCGACGCCAGAGGGAUAGCAAAGGUGCUAGCAGAUCUCGGUGUCACUCCAGAUAAGAUCACAAACAGUGGGCAAAGGAAAAGAAAGUUGAACACAGGUCCUGAUCCACAGCAAUCAGUUCCAGGAGCAGCACCAUCUGAUGAAGAUAGAUCAAAAUCAGCACCAACAUCACCAUCUGAUCAGGAACUAAAAGACCUUGAAAACAACAUUAGGAAAGCUCUUUCAUUUGACAAUAGAGGAGAUGAACACAAAGGAGCGGAAGCAGAUAAGCAAGUACUGACACCUGGUGAAAACGGGGAAAAUGGAGAAUUGAAACAGUUCCAGACCAGGCAUUAUAAUUUAGAAGACUUCUCCUUCAUUAAAGUACUAGGGAAAGGCAGCUUUGGCAAGGUCAUGUUGGCUGAACUGAAAGGUACUGAUGAGGUUUAUGCUGUGAAGGUGCUAAAGAAAGAUGUUAUUCUUCAAGAUGAUGAUGUGGACUGCACAAUGACUGAGAAGAGAAUUCUGGCAUUAGCAAGAAGGCAUCCUUACUUGACCCAACUCUUCUGCUGCUUCCAGACAAAGGAUCGCCUUUUUUUCGUCAUGGAAUACGUAAAUGGAGGCGAUUUAAUGUUUCAGAUCCAACGUUCCCGCAAGUUCGAUGAAGCUCGAUCAAGGUUUUAUGCAGCAGAAGUCACCUCAGCACUGAUGUUCCUUCACCAAAAUGGCGUCAUCUACAGAGAUCUGAAACUGGACAAUAUCUUACUGGAUGCUGAGGGGCACUGCAAGUUGGCUGAUUUUGGAAUGUGCAAAGAAGGUAUUCUGAAUGGCAUCACGACUACAACCUUCUGUGGCACACCUGAUUAUAUCGCCCCGGAAAUCCUACAGGAAUUGGAAUAUGGCCCAUCAGUGGAUUGGUGGGCUUUGGGGGUCCUGAUGUAUGAGAUGAUGGCUGGACAGCCACCUUUCGAGGCUGACAAUGAAGACGAUCUUUUCGAAUCCAUCUUGCAUGAUGAUGUGCUAUACCCAGUCUGGCUCAGUAAGGAAGCAGUCAGCAUUCUAAAAGCGUUCAUGACAAAGAGUCCAAAUAAACGUCUGGGUUGUGUUACAUCACAAGGUGGGGAAGAUGCGAUUAAACAACACCCAUUUUUCAAGGAAAUUGACUGGGUGCUGCUGGAACAGAAGAAAAUCAAACCCCCUUUUAAACCAAGGAUAAAAACCAAAAGGGAUGUGAACAACUUUGACCAAGACUUCACACGUGAGGAACCUGUAUUGACGUUGGUGGAUGAUGCUAUUGUUAAACAAAUAAACCAAGAUGAAUUCAAAGGUUUCUCUUAUUUUGGUGAAGAGUCAAUAGCCUAAGACAUCCUGGUGCUGCCAUGACAUGCCAAUACCAUGCAAUGGUCUGACAAACCUAGCAAGUUUUUAGGAUCAAGUUACUUAGUACUGUGUAGUACCUGUAUUUCCCUGCAGUAAUAAGUGUUUAUGUUUCUACUUUGUUUUCAUUUAAAUUAAUGCACUCCAAGAUUUUGAUUCCUUAAUUUCUGUUUAGAGAUGAUUAUGUUGCCCAUAUUUUCAGCCCUUCACUGCAACUGGGCUUUACAGAAGAAACUUGUGUGUGUAAUGCAAACAGUAUUAAAAGUACUGUAUUACUUGUAGUACUGCAGGUUCAUUCAUAUACAGCAGGAACUCCGGUACAAGGAAGUGGAACAGCUGUGCAUCAACAAAAGCAUGUGAAGCAGAACUACAUACCAGAGCUUGACUUGGGAAUAGAAGCUUAGGAAAAUCAACCAUUGGCCAGCUUGCCUUGCCAAUCAGUUGAUUAUUCCACCAGUGUGGAAAUUGCUCAGGCAAAGAGAAAGGGUUACAGAGUGGUUUAUUUUAUUACUUUUAUCUUUUUGUGGAGAUCUUACACUGUUUUAAAUUGUCACUUUUUGUGCAAUUUUAGUGAAUUAGGAUGUUUGAAAUCACAUCAUACAUUUGGAUGCUGCCUAGCCUAGAUGAAUACUCAACCAAGUAGAUUGCAAGUCAGUCAUGAUUGUGUGCUCACCUAGAUGACUACUCAAUUCUUUGGUGACUGUCCUACAGCAUACAGUGUAAUAUUUUGCUGUAACCUAGAUCUUGAACAAUCACAUUGCACUGAAUUGUAGGCUUUAUUUAAAACCCAUGCUUGUCACCAAAACCAGAGUUAUUUGAGUUAUUUGUUAUAGUAGUGUGUUAAUUUGGCACAUUGCACAAAUUCUUGUUUAUACUACUGCCCCUCACCUGUACUAUAUUUUUUAAAUGUGUAUCUUAUUUUUAACUAAGAAUUGAGGGUAUGAAAUAUUCACCAUUACACCCAGGCAAUAUAGACAACUGACGAUCAAAUGACACAAAAACUGACAAGAUAUAGGAUGGAGAGCAUUGUUUGACCUUUUAGGAGUAAUCCUCUGAAAAUUGUGACUGUGGUUGAGGAUAUGAUAAUGUAUGUGUAUGCUAAUGAGCAGGUCCUUUAUGGUUGUAUUUUAUUUUAGUAUUUCAUAUGAGUAUGAAAGUGAGUGAAUGUGUGUUUGCAUGCAUGUGUGUGUGCCCCUAAAGUCACUUAUAAUUUUACUGGAUUGGUAUCCCAGUUACUGGGACCCACAUUAACUGAUGCAUCUGGAUUCCCAGAUGUGCAGAAGUACUUGUGAGUCGCAAGGUAGCACUAAAAAGGGCUCUUUGCUUUUUGUACAGGCAAAAAGUUGUAAAUACUGUUUGCUGCAAGGCCUGUGGAGUUCAUCGAACAGUAUCAACUGCUGCAUGUUCAGGCAUAUUAUAUAUAUAUUAUAUAUAUAUAUAUUAUAUAUAUAUAUAUAUUAGUCAUUGAAAUAAAGUAAUUAAUGAUAAUGUCCAUGUGCAAUACUCUGUGUAUUUGUUCAAAUUGCUGUCUAACAAGUUGACUUUUUUUGUCCAAUGUCAUAACCUUGUAUUAAGCUAUACUGGAGCUCUUGUCGAGUGCUUCAAACUGCAUUAAGGGUAUUAUUAAACAGUAAGAUGGAUAUUAUUGCAAACAUUUGCAGUGUUGUUACAAUUGCUCUCUUAAGGCAAGUUUGUUCAGAAUAGAUUAGAGUUGAAGGGGCAUUUUUUUAUUAUUUAUGUGGCAAGAGGCCUUUUUGUAUGCAGAACUUACAGGUUGGAACAUUUUUUGUAUCCUGUACAUUCCUCAAGCUUCAAUCUACUGUUUUAAGCAUGAGAUUCAUGGUGAUAUUGAUAUAAAGCAGGCCUUGGACUUAAGCACACUUGUAUUUAGAUUGUACAGUUGUAGGACAAAUAAGACAGGUGAUCAAGUUGGUUCAAUUAGUGUAAAUGGGUGCUUGAUAGUCAGUGCAGACUCUGUGGGCCAGAGGGCCACUUUCCGUGCUGGAUGACUCAUUGACUGUAUGAUUGUGAAAACUUUGCAUGGACAGAUAAUCAUUCCCUCAUUGUCAACUUUUCCUUGACCAUUCAUUAUCGGUUUACAUUCACAGAAAUCUUUAUUACCUCCUGACUCAAUUAUAAGACUUUCAUUGCUCUUAAAUGUGGAAGCAAGUUGCAGAGCUUCCCCAUCUGUAGUUGUAUCUUCUCCUUUCCAACAUCUGCCAACUUCAAUGCAAAAAUAAAGUGGCAGUGUUUCUGUCUUUGUGCUUCUCCUUUCUCAUUUACCUUCUUUUACAUAGAAGAAAGGAAUCGCAUGUCUGCUUUAUGGAGAGCGAUAAAAAGGUUUGUCUCCAAAAACAAGGCUAAAAAAUUACCUCUUUUUAACUUAAGUAAUGUACAGAAUGAGUCUGGCUGAAUCAAAAUGUUUUAAGUUUAGUUUCUGUUUUUUUUGUGAUGCUUUGUUUGUACAAAAGUUGUUUUCUUCAUGGAUGUAUUUUAACUCUCCUGCCAUUUGUAGUGUUAUUUCAUUGUAAACCUUAUUAAUGUGUGCCAAAUGUACUGUAUGCAACAGGAUGUGAAUGUGUAAUGUUUGUUUUAAGA